GUCAACGCCUAGGUACGUUCGUCGGCGGGUGUGCUUCGGAUGAUGAGCCUCUCGAAGCUGAUCUCCUUAUUCCGUUGCUUAGCGUCUCUGUCUCCGACGGAUCGGCGCGUUCUGGUUCUUCUCGACGAUCUGUCACUCAUUCAAUCUUCUUCAGCACUCUCAAAUCUCAUUCAUUCUCCCUUGCAUCCGGCAACCAACAGUUUGUGACUGAACUAAGCAAAUGGGUCUUGGCCAUCUCAAGGCUGGUAGUCUGGUACACCACAGGGUUGGAGAAGCAGAUGAGCCAGCAAUAUAUAGGAUAAAGGAUGACCUGGAAUUUUCUGUAGAGAUUCUAGAGUGGUCAGGGAAGAGCUGGGAACCCUAUGUAGCUGAUGAUGUGCAGGUUCAGUUUUACAUGAUGAGCCCAUAUGUGUUGAAAACCUUGUCAACAGACAAUAAGGAGGGUCUGUUCCAUACAUCAUUCAAGGUUCCUGAUGUGUAUGGUGUAUUCCAGUUUAAGGUUGAGUAUGAAAAGCUAGGCUACACGACACUAUCUCUUUCAAAGCAGAUUCCUGUGAGGCCUUACAGACACAAUGAGUAUGAGAGAUUUAUACCAACUGCGUAUCCUUAUUAUGGAGCCUGCUUUACCACUAUGGCUGGUUUCUUUGUCUUCAGCUUCGUCUACCUCUACCAUAAGUAGAAAAUCCCUUAAUUUGGUUCUCCAGUCUCAUAAAGUAAGCCAGACUUCUUCACAUUUAGACGAGAAAAAAUGUAGCAUCUGAAUUUUGAGUCACUGUUAUUCGCAAACAAGCUUUAGUUAAAACACUUUCAACCUUUAUUUGUUCUCCAGCUAUUUUAUGUCUCUUUUCCCCUCAGUAAAAUUAUCAAUAUGACCGAGUCAGGUCACUCACUAGUCA